AGUAAGUGGCUAAGGCUGAUCCACAUGUCACCCUCCCAUUUGUCCAACUUAGAUCUCCUCUCUCUCCUGAUCAGAUAAUUGAUUGACUCUACUCACCCUUCACUCUCAUCCUUUUCCUACUACACUAAUUACUUCCCACCUAAAAAAAAAAAUAUUCAAAAAUUAAAUUAAAUAAAAAUCAUUUCUACAAACAAAGAGAGAGAAAUCAAAGAUAUUGCUGUAAGAGAAAAUUCCCCAAAAAAAAAAAAAAAAAAAAAAAAAAAAAAAUUGAAAACGCCAGAUAAUGGGAGGAGGUCUUAUGGCAGCAAAACUAUGCGACUCGUGCAAAUCCGCUUCCGCCACCGUGUUCUGCCGCGCUGACACGGCCUACCUGUGCAUCUCGUGCGACGCCAAAAUCCACGCCGCCAACAAGCUCGCAUCUCGGCACGCCCGUGUCUGGGUCUGCGAGGUCUGCGAGCACGCACCAGCCACUGUCACCUGUAAAGCUGACGCCGCACACCUCUGCGCCACUUGCGACCGUGAUAUUCACUCUGCUAACCCUCUUGCUCGUCGGCACGACCGUGUCCCUCUUUCCCCCUUUUACGACCCUCUCUCUCCUCCUCCUCCUGGUGAGCAAAACUCCCCCUCCAACGCCGCCGCCGCCGCCGCGAAGUCGGCGGCUAUUAACAAGCUCUUCGGCGAUGAUUACUAUUCCGACGCCGAUGAAGCCGAAGCGGCUUCAUGGCUUCUUCCGAAUCCGAACAAGCAAGAUGAGCCAAAGUCGAUUGAUUAUCUUUUCUCUGGUGCUGCUGAUGAAGCUGAUGCUAUUGACCCGUAUUUGGAUUUGGACUUCGGAGCUGAACCCAAACCGGAUCCGGAUCUUAGCGCUGAUGGGGUUGUUCCAGAUCCGGAUCAGAAAAUGAGCCACCAUCACCAUGAACUGCAACAUCAUCAUCAUCAUCAUCAUCAGCCGUCGAUGUUUUCUCUCUCCUCUUUUCAUCCCACUAAUCAUUUUGAUGGGUUUGAGAAUAAUCCUUCUGCUGCUUGCAAGCCUUUUUCUCUCUCCUCUUUCAGCAACCAGCCUUCUCUCAGUCACAGUGUUUCGUCCUCGUCGUUGGACUACGGAGUGGUGCCGGAUGCGGGUGCGAUGGCAGACGUGGCAUCGACCGGAUUCGACAAGCAGCAGCAGAUGAAAAUGAUUGGAAUGGAUAGGGAAGCUAGGGUAUUAAGGUACAGGGAGAAGAGGAAGAAUCGCAAGUUUGAAAAAACUAUCCGCUAUGCUUCUAGGAAGGCAUAUGCUGAAACUAGGCCUCGCAUCAAGGGCCGCUUUGCUAAGCGGACCGAUGUCGAGGCCGAGGUUUCAGCAGCCUCUGUUGACGGUCUCUUCGCCUCCGACCCCGGUUACGGUGUCGUGCCGUCCUUCUAAGGCUUUCAACAAGAUUAAGAAAUAAGCUAAUUAAUUAUAAUUAUUAUUGUAAUGGUGGGUGUAGUAGUAUAUGUGAUGUUCUGUUAUUUGUGUACAGGUAGUAGUUUUUCUUUGAUCUUGUAUGUAGCAGAAGUUUUAGUGCUACUUUGCUGAUCUCUCCUAUGUGUUUUUAAGGAGUAAUUUGUAGUUGUUAAUGAAUUAAGAAUGAACGAAUGAUGAUGAUGAUCAAAGUUUUGUUGUGAUGAUUUUCUAAACUACCGUUAA